AAAACGUUUCUUAAACGGAAGGGAACGGGACUGGACCUACCCGAAUGUGUCCAAUAUAAACACUCGUUUUAGCUGUAAAACUGUUUACAACAGUUUGGACUAAUUAUUACUCCCCUGCUAGACAGCUCACUAGUCAUUAGCCAGCGUCAAGCUAAAGCUUUGCCAAUGUAACAAGAAAAUGGACACGGAAUGUCAGUAACCAAAGGCAUAUUGUGACAUUUCGAGGAAAAAUAUGACAAGAAUAUCAGUUGGGCAUCGAAAUCCGACUGCAAAGGAGAGAGCCAGGAAGAAUGGGGAAGUUCGAUUGUAGAAUCACGACAACAACAUUCUCUUGUUUCACGAGUAGCUAACUUCUGUGCAACCUUGAAGCUGUUGUCAUUUGCAACUUUGAAAAUGAUGUAUUCAUCAAGAAGAAAACCAGUCCUCUAUUUCAAAGAAGACAGAAGAUUCUGUUCUGGGAAAUGCACAGUCUACAAACUAUUUGGUCUGUGUGUGGUGCUGGUACUGGUCUCCCUCCUAUGGCUCCAACUCAGCUGUACAGGAGACAUGAGCCGGGUUGGAGGGGAUGACAGACGCCUCCUCCAUCAGCCCUGUCCUCUGGAGAGACAGGCAUCCGCUGCGGACGACCCUUCCUGGGGUCCUCACAAGCUGGCUCUCCUGAUACCUUUCAGGGAGAGGUUUGAGGAGCUGCUGGUGUUUGUCCCCUUCAUGCACACCUUCUUGAACAACAAGAAAAUACUGCAUAAGAUCUUUGUAAUCAACCAGAUGGAUCACUAUCGGUUCAACAGAGCCUCUCUCAUUAACGUUGGUUACAUGGAGAGUGGUAACGACACUGAUUACAUGGCCAUGCAUGAUGUGGACUUGUUACCUCUGAAUGAAGCUCUGGACUAUGGUUUCCCAGAGGAGGGCCCGUUCCACGUGGCCUCACCAGAGCUGCACCCCCUGUAUCACUACAAGACAUACGUGGGAGGAAUCCUGCUGCUCACCAAACAGCAUUAUCACAUGUGCAACGGCAUGUCCAACCGGUUCUGGGGAUGGGGGAGAGAAGACGAUGAAUUCUACAGGAGACUAAGAACUGCUGGAUUACAGCUCUUCAGGCCCAGUGGGAUAAAAACAGGGUAUAAAACCUUUCGCCACAUCCAUGACCCUGCCUGGAGGAAGAGAGACCAGAAGAGAGUGGCUGCACAAAAACAGGAACAAUUCAAGGUUGACCCUGACGGCGGGUUGACUAACUUGCAGUACAAGGUGGAGUCGAGACAGGAGCUGACUAUUAGUGGAGCCCCUGUCACUGUCCUCAACACCAAACUGGAGUGUGACACAGACAAGACUCCCUGGUGUCUGUUGAACUAAGAUGGCCCCCAUGAUAGACCUAUGCUGCCUCUCAUCUGGGUUAUGUUCAUUAUCUACCAAACGAAAUAAAACCGACUAAAACAGGGAGGGACUACCUGAGCUUCUCCAAUGAGAAACACUUGUUUUUGUGUGCCCUAAUGAAUAUGACCCCGGUGCUACAGAGGGGUGCUGUUAACCCCUGCUUACUGUGCUACUUCGGGACAGUUUCUGGUCCUGAGGACAUGGCUAAAACAAACAACCGUACCAGGAGACAUGGGUACCAUAUUCUGUCCGGUCCAGAGAAGAGCCUUUGACCUUUGAACCCAGCAACGCCUUCCCUCAUCGGAGAGAUGGAAUGUAUUUAUAAACUAGCUAAAUGACGCGGUCCUUUAGAACUGCGGCGUAGCCGUCUGACUUGCAUUCAGAACUGUGAGUGGCUGGAUCUCAAGCAGGCCGAACUUCAGGCUCUUUUAAACUACAGACACUUUGCCAAUAUUGACGACACACGAAAGGAAAGGUGUACUGAAAUCGUAAGCAAAGGCCUUUGUGUCUGUUUAUCCAGGUGACCGACCAGGACCAACCAGCAGUGGGAUGUUGGGUGGUCUGGCUCCUGGGCGUGGUACUAGUGGAACAUUGCCUGUCCUUCAGUUGAAGUCUGCUAUACUGUCUGGAUUCAUGUCUUAUCAUCAGAGUUAGUUUGCUAUGAAAGGGUUUUCUUUCUGACAUUGUAAUGCACCGGGAUUGGCAUGCCACCUCCAUGGUACAUAGCGCUGUAUUCUCAUCCGGUAUCCAUUGUGACCCAUCAUGUACUCAACUGGUAGUGAGUUGAGUAUUAAGAGUGCCCUUUUGGGUUUGUUGUUGAUGGUAAAAUCAGCUUUUAAGGUUUACAGUUGUUCUUUAUAAAGUUUUCAGAGAACAACUAGAUUAUGAAAGUAUGUUUAGGUAAUGUCAAGCAUAUGUUACAACAGUUUGGCCAUAUACCAUACUGCUGUAAUGUCAAGCAUAUGUUACAACAGUUUGGCCAUAUACCAUACUGCUGUAAUGUCAAGCAUAUGUUACAACAGUUUGGCCAUAUACCAUACUCCUGUAAUGUCAAGCAUAUGUUACAACAGUUUGGCCAUAUACCAUACUGCUGUAAUGUCAAGCAUAUGUUACAACAGUUUGGCCAUAUACCAUACUGCUGUAAUGUCAAGCGUACAGUUGAAGUCGGAAGUUUACAUACACCUUAGCCAAAUACAUCUAAACUCAGUUUUUCACACUUUCUGACAUUCAAUCCCAGUAAAAAAUGCCCUGUCUUAGGUCAGUUAGGAUCACCACUUUAUUUUAAUAAUGUGAAACGUCAGAAUAACAGUAGAGUGAUUUAUUUCAGCUUUCAUUUAUUUUAUUACAUUCCCAGUGGGUCAGAAGUUUACAUACACUCAAUUAGUAUUUGGCAGCAUUGCCUUUAAAGUGUUUAAAUUGGGUCAAACGUUUCGGGUAGCCUUUCACAAGCUUUCCACAGUAAGUUGGGGGAAUUUUGACCCAUUCGUCCUGACAGAGCUGGUGUAACUGAGUCAGGUUUGUAGGCCUCCUUACUCACACAUGCUCUUUCAGUUCUGCCCACAAAUGUUCUAUGGGAUUGAGUUCAGGGCUUUGUGAUGACCACUCCAAUACCUUGACUUUGUUGUCCUUAAGCCUUUUUGCCACAACUUUGGAAGUAUGCUUGGGGUCAUUGUCCAUUUACGACCAAGCUUUAACUUCCUGACUGUUGUCUUGAGAUGUUGCUUCAAUAUAUCCACAUAAUUUCCCUGCCUCAUGAUGCCAUCUAUUUUGUGAAGUGCACCAGUCCCUCCUGCAGCAAAGCACCCCCACAACAUGAUGCUGCCACCCCCGUGCUACACGGUUGGGAUGGUAUUCUUUGGCUUGCAAGCCUCUCCAUUUUUCCUACAAACAUAACAAUGGUUAUUAUGGCCAAACAGUUCUAAUUUUGUUUCAUCAGACCAGAGGACAUUUCUCCAAAAAGUACGAUUUUUGUCCCCAUGUGCAGUUGCAAACCGUAGUCUGGCUUUUAUAUGGAGGUUUUGGAUCAGUGGCUUCUUCAUUGCUGAGCGGCCUUUCAGGUUAUGUCGAUAUAGGACUUGUUUUUACUGUGGAUAUAGAUACUUUUGUACCUGUUUCUUCCAGCAUCUUCACAAGAUCCUUUGCUGUUGUUCUGGAAUUGAUUUGCACUUUUCACGCCAAAGUACGUUCAUCUCUAGGAGACAGAACGCGUCUCCUUCCUGAGUGGUAUGACAGCUGUGUGGUCCCAAGGUGUUUAUAUUUGCGUACUAAUGUUUGUACAGACGAACGUGGUACCUUCAGGUGUUUUGAAAUUGCUCCCAAGGAAGAACGAGACUUGCAGAGGUCUACAAUGUUUUUUUCUGAGGUCUUGGCUGAUUUCUUUUGAUUUUCCCAUGAUUUCAAGCAAAGAGGCACUGAGUUUGAAGGUAGGCCUUGAAAUACAUCCACAGGUACACCUCCAAUUCACUAAAAUUAUGUCAAUUAGCCUAUCAGAAGCUUCUAAAGCCAUGACAUCAUUUUCUGGAAUUUUCCAAGCUUUUUCAAGGCACAGUCAACUUAGUGUAUGUAAACUUCUGACCCACUGAAAUCUUGAUAAGGUGAAUUAUAAUUGAAAUAAUAUGUCUGUAAACAAUUUUUGGAAAAAUGACUUGUCAUGCACAAUUUAUUUUACCUUUACAAGGUAGAUGUCCUAACCGACUUGCCAAAACCAUAGUUUGUUUAACAAGCAAUCUGUGGUGUGGUUGAAAAACUAGUCUUAAGUACUCCAACCUAAGUGUAUGUAAACUUCCGACUUCAACUGUAUCGUACUGCUGUAAUGUCAAGCGUAUGUUACAACAGUUUGGCCAUAUAUCAUACUGCUGCAAUGUCUUUUAGAAUGAUUCGACAAGUCAAUGGUACCCGAAAAAUGUAUUUGUACAAUAUUCAGUAUUUAUGUAAAGUUAUGACUCAAAACCCUGGGAAAAACAUGCACAUUGUCUUAUUCUCAUUAUAAAUGUCUUCAUUGUACAUAUCAUUAACAUACCUGUAUGUAUUUUCAAUACUGAACAUGAUCCAUUUCAAGAUCUGUAUGACAGGCCAUUGUGCUUAGACUUUUAUGUUGACGUUUCUCACUAUAAUUGAAAUUGUAAAGUACUUGCUCCAGUUGAAACCUUCUGAGGAAAUGCUAAUAAGGGUUCGUUAAUAACUGAUGGCACUUUGCAUGACAGUGUAAAUGAAGUUGUGUCACCUCUUGUUUAGAUUUCAGGUGCUUAAAGUGACCACUGGCCUGUCAUUCCAGGUGUGUUUUUAAUCUUCCUGGUCCAGUAAAACUGCCUUUGAAGUCAACCCUG